AAAUAAAUCAAUCGCCGACUAUCUACGUUCUAAUGGUUAUGACCAGGCACUAAAUGAAUUUAUUAAAGAAACCGACAUGCCUGGUGAGAUAGAGAAGAAAUAUGUCGGCUUACUAGAAAAGAAGUGGACUUCGGUGAUUCGUUUACAGAAAAAAGUUAUGGACUUAGAAUCUAAAUUAAAUGAAGCAGAACGAGAAUUCCAAAGUGGUCCUACACGUGACAAGCGCGUGCCAUCAGAAUGGAUACCGAGGCCACCUGCAAAGUAUUGUUUAAGCGGGCACAGAAGCCCCAUCACAAAAGUUAUAUUCCAUCCAGUGUAUAGUUUAAUAGUUUCCUCAUCGGAGGAUGCUUCAAUUAAGGUAUGGGAUUAUGAAACUGGUGACUAUGAACGAACACUUAGAGGACACACAGAUGCAGUGCAAGAUGUAGCUUUUGAUCAGACUGGAAAACUUCUAGUGUCUUGUUCUGCUGAUAUGUCUGUAAGAAUCUGGGAUUUUGGUUCAUAUGAAUGUACAAAAACACUGCAGGGACAUGAUCAUAAUGUCUCAUCCGUUGUUUUUGCUCCUAAUGGUGACUUUGUCUUCUCUUGUUCACGUGACAAGACAAUCAAAAUGUGGGAGGUUGCGUCUGGCUAUUGUGUAAAGACGUUUACCGGACAUCGAGAGUGGGUGAGGAUGAUCAAAAUCUACCAUGAUGGAUCGCUUAUAGCCAGCUGUUCCAAUGAUCAGACCGUGAGAGUAUGGGCCGUUUCCAGCAAGGAGUGUAAGGCGGAGUUAAGGGAGCAUGACCAUGUAGUGGAGUGUAUAGCCUGGGCCCCUGAAUGUGCUCAUCCUGUUAUUAAUGAAGCCAUCGGAGCCGAGCUAUUAAGAUGUGGGAUGUUAGUGCUGGAAUAUGUAUCAUGACUUUGGUGGGUCAUGAUAACUGGGUGCGUGGAAUACUGUUUCAUCCUGGUGGAAAGUACAUCAUGAGUGCGGCUGAUGACAAGACUCUCAAAGUCUGGGAUUACAAGAAUAAGCGCUGCAGUAAGACUCUGGAGGCUCACGAUCACUUCACCACAUCCCUAGAUUUCCAUAAAACUGCACCCUAUGUCAUCUCUGGUAGUGUUGACUUGACUCUAAAAGUCUGGGAAUGUCGCUGAUCAUAGCGCCCUAACUUUAGUGCUGCGACGACCAUGGCUCAUCCAGCAUAUUUAUCUGUUCAACUCGCUAUUGUAAAGGUGUAAGCGGUACUGUCAACAAAAGAAAAAUAUACCUUAACUUCUAUUAAGCUUAACCGUAAAAAAAAAGUUUAAAGUAGGCUAUUGCUUUAAGCAUCGAUGAAGAUAGUUCAGGAUUAAGUCAGUGCUAGGGUAAUAAUGUUCCCCCAUGCAAGCCCUCUCACCAUUUGGCCUCUACUGCUAGGCUAUCUAAGUAGUUGUUAAGCCUUGUUUCUUGGGAUGAAGUCUGUUGGAAACGAGCUAGAUAUAGAAGAGGUUGUGCUUACGGGAGGGCUGGAAGAAUUAAGAAGCAGGGGGCGGGAACAUUUCUCUUUUAGGUUAAGAUAGAAAUAAGAUGCAAUUAUUGAUAACGUCAAGUCUACAUCACUAUGGAUAAUGUUCGUGAUAAAGCUAUGGGAGAGACAUAGAAGUAAAAAUAAAUGCUUGAGCAUUAUUAAAGAGGUGAUAAGGAGGAUUGGAUGCUGGUGGUACCAGUUUUCGAGUCAGGUGGACUCAACCGGUGCCAUACAGUAUUUCAAAGACAAUGUUCUCCCUUGAUGGUACACCUGCCACUACAGGUAGCCAUCUUGAGGCAAGGUGUCAGCCUCAGGUAUAUCAUGUAACCUGGAAGAAAGGGAUGUUGUAUCUCAUUGUGGAGCUGUUUGGUAAAAUUAAAGGCAUUGUCCACAUUUGUAAAUUAUUUAAAAAUGAAAACAAUUGAAGCGUUACACUAUUUCAUGUCAUGCUUUGCAGUCAACGUAGAUAGUAAUUAAUAAUUAACUAUUUUUGUGAACAAUAAAUUAGACAUGAAAUGAAAAUUUGAUUAAUGGAAAAAUAACCGAAAAACAACCUGAAAUUGUGCGAAGAAUUGCCAUGUAUUAUAAUUGAAUAAUGGACAAUACUAAAUUGAACUGACUGCGUAGUUGUAUUGUUCUUAUUUCUGCUAUUUGUGUAUUGUGAUCAUUAUUAUUUUUGUAUGGGGCUGUUAAGAUGUUUUACAUCCUUUAAUAUAAUAUUUGCAGUUGCAGCAUGCCAUAUUGUAGGGGGCGCUAUUUAAGUCGUAUUCAACAUACGGAUAGUUCAGCAAACAAAACUAUGUAGCAUUUAAGACUGAGAGUAUAGCAACACAUAUUCUGAUCAGAUAUCAAUUUUUGAGUCAAAGUGGUAUGUAAGAUGAAGUCCCAUGCUAUGUACAUAACAAUUUCUCCUGUGAAUUGUUGUUCUCUACUAGUACUAUAAGCCUCUGUGUUAUUUAAUAAAUAAGAUAAACUAACUCUGCUUCCCUUAUAUGUAACAUGGUAGAGCAGAACUUUUUUGCUGCGACAUCCAAGCUCAAACCAUACAGCCAUUAGACUGGCACUGUUUUCAUAUACCUUAAGACCGGCUUACUAAACAUUAAAUAUUUUUUUUUUAAGCAUGUAUAAUAAACAGCCGCACAUAACCUUGUGAAUUUCAGGGAAGAUGAUGUGCAGUAGGCCUAAUAAAAUAGUUCAUAGUAUAUACCAAAAUA